AUGGUCACUGUACAUUCCAUCCCUGGGCCCAGUCUGUUGUUGUCUGUUCCACUGGGUUGGCUUCUGUUCGGAGGAAAUGUCACAGAGUUCUGGUCUAAAGGUCUCAUGCAGCGCCAGGCCAGCAAGCAGCAUGAAGAUGGGCUUUGUCUGUUUAAUGGUGGGAGUUGAAUUGUCUGGCUGGCUGUUGAAUGAGACUUGAGCUCUGUCUGUUUCCUCUCUGGUUGUCUGGCAGUAACAGCCACAUGUCUCUCUAUCUCACUGGCUCUCACUGUCUGUCUGCCUGCCUUUCAAUGUCCAUUUUUGCAGCUACUCUGUGUCUAUCUGCUGAAUAUAGACUACACUUUGGACUUGACCAUGCAGUUGCCAUAUUAUUGCUUUACAAACUUUGAACAUCCACCAAAACAAAUACGUUUUCAUAUUAACGCAAGUUAUUCAUAUCUUGCUAUAUCAAACCGCUGUUAAAGCUACUGUUAUUCAGAAGUAGCUUUAGGUAGGCCUAGUCAGAGGUGAUCAUGCAGGGCUGGGGCCUCUUGUGGUUUAGAGAGAGCUGUGAUUCAGACUAGGGUUGAAUAUUUUCCCGGUAUUUUACAAAUGUUCCAUCCUGAGAAUAAAUCAUUUUUCUGAUAACCUGGUAUUUGCCGCCAAAACCGUAAGUGUCAUUCAAAAGCAUUAUAAAGCAUAUACAUAGAUAAGCGCUUUGGUCAAAAAUUCAAGGCUGAUGCUACCUGAGCCUGAUGAGCCAUACAUUAAAUACAUUUUAUGAGCCCUACAUUAGACAUUUAAUGAGCCCAAGCCCAAAAAAGCCAAAUGAUUGUGCGGUGAUCCAAUAUAUACAGUCAGGUCCAUAAAUAUUUGGACAUUGACCAAGUUAUUAUUAUUUUAGCUGUCUACCACAGCAUAUUGGAGUUGAAAUUAAAUAAUGAAUGUGAGCUGAAUGUGCAGACUUUCAGCUUUCAUUUGAGGGUAUUUACAUCCUCUUUUUAAGGCACCAAAAGUAAUUGGACAAUUGGCUGCUCAGCUGUUCCAUGACCAGGUGUGUGUUAUUCCCUCGUUAGUUCAUUUACAAGUAAGCAGGUAAAAGGUCUAGCGUUGAUUUCAAGUGUGCCAUUUUGCAUUUGGAAUCUGUUGCUGUUAACCCUCAAUAUGAAGUCCAAAGAGCUGUCACUGCCAGUGAAGCAAGCCAUCAUUAGGCUGAAAAAUCUAAACAAACCCAUCAGAGAGAGAGCAAAAACAUUAGGUGUGGACAAAUCAACUAUUUGGUACAUUCUUAAAAAGAAAGAACACCAAAAGGAACACCAAAAGGCCCGGAAGACCACGGAAAACAACUGUGGUGGAUGACAGAAUAAUUAUUUCCCUGGUGAAGAAAAACCCCUUCACAACAGUUGGCCAGAUCAAGAACACCCUCCUUAAAUUAAAGAUGAAAGUCUACACUUAAAGCACAUCUUGAUUGUUUCCUUUCAAAUCCAUUGUGGUGGCGUACAGAGCCAAAAUUAAGCAAAUUGUGUCACUGUCCAAAUACUUAUGGACCUGAAUGUAUAUGUUACAGUGAGGGGAAAAAAGUAUUUGAUCCCCUGCUGAUUUUGUACGUUUGCCCACUGACAGACAUGAUCAGUCUAUAAUUUUAAUGGUAGGUUUAUUUGAACUGUGAGAGACAGAAUAACAACAAAAAAAUCCAAAAAAUGUUAUGUCAAAGAUGUAAUAAAUUGAUUUGCAUUUUAAUGAGGAAAUAAGUAUUUGACCCCUUUGCAAAACAUGACUUAGUACUUGGUGGAAAAACCCUUGUUGGCAAUCACAGAGGUCAGACGUUUCUUGUAGUUGGCCACCAGGUUUGCACACAUCUCAGGAGGGAUUUUGUCCCACUCCUCUUUGCAGAUCUUCUCCAAAUCAUUAAUGUUUCGAGCCUGACGUUUGGCAACUCGAACCUUCAGCUCCCUCCACAGAUUUUCUAUGGGAUUAAGGUCUGGAGACUGGCUAGGCCACUCCAGGACCUUAAUGUGCUUCUUCUUGAGCCACUCCUUUGUUGCCUUGGCCGUGUGUUUUGGGUCAUUGUCAUGCUGGAAUACCCAUCCACAACCCAUUUUCAAUGCCCUGGCUGAGGGAAGGAGGUUCUCACCCAAGAUUUGACAGUACAUGGCGCCAACCAUCGUCCCAUUGAUACGGUGAAGUUGUCCUGUCCCCUUAGCAGAAAAACACCCCCAAAGCAUAAUGUUUCCACCUCCAUGUUUGACAGUGGGGAUGGUGUUCUUGGGGUCAUAGGCAGCAUUCCUCCUCCUCCAAACAGGGCGAGAUGAGUUGAUGCCAAAGAGCUCGAUUGUGGUCUCAUCUGACCACAACACUUUCACCCAGUUCUCCUCUGAAUCAUUCAGAUGUUCAUUGGCAAACUUCAGACGGGCCUGUAUAUGUGUUUUCUUGAGCAGGGGGACCUUGCGGGCGCUGCAGGAUUUCAGUCCUUCACGGCAUAGUGUGUUACCAAUUGUUUUCUUGGUGACUAUGGUCCCAGCUGCCUUGAGAUCAUUGACAAGAUCAUCCCGUGUAGUUCUGGGCUGAUUCUUCACCUUUCUCAUGAUCAUUGCAACUCCACGAGGUGAGAUCUUGCAUGGAGCCCCAGGCCGAGGGAGAUUGACAGUUCUUUUGUGUUUCUUCCAUUUGCGAAUAAUCGCACCAACUGUUGUCACCUUCUCACCAAGCUGCUUGGUGAUGGUCUUGUAGCCCAUUCCAGCCUUGUGUAGGUCUACAAUCUUGUCCCUGACACCCUUGGAUAGCUCUUUGGUCUUGGCCAUGGUGGAGAGUUUGGAAUCUGAUUGAUUGAUUGCUUCUGUGGACAGGUGUCUUUUAUACAGGUAACAAACUGAGAUUAGGAGCACUCCCUUUAAGAGUGUGCUCCUAAUCUCAGCUCGUUACCUGUAUAAAAGACACCUGGGAGCCAGAAAUCUUUCUGAUUGAGAGGGGGUCAAAUAGUUAUUUCCCUCAUUAAAAUGCAAAUCAAUUUAUAACAUUUUUGACAUGCGUUUUUCUGGAUUUUUGUUGUUGUUAUUCUGUCUCUCACUGUUCAAAUAAACCUACCAUUAAAAUUAUAGACUGAUAAUUUCUUUGUCAGUGGGCAAACGUACAAAAUCAGCAGGGGAUCAAAUACUUUUUUCCCUCACUGUAUAUAGGCUAUUGCACAUUACGCACAACAGAAAAACAUAAAAGCACGUCAUGUAGCUAUAUAUAUAUAUAUAUAUAUAUAUAUAUAUAUAUAUAUAUAUAUAUAUAUAUAUAUACACACACACACACACUCAUACUCUCUUGGGUAAGUAAAUGAAACAUGCAACAGUAGGCUAAUCUUUUUGAGUGUGAACUGUAUUACUGUAUUGUAUUAUAGUCUAUUGUAUUAUACAGACUGGAAUUACACACCUCGUUCAAACCAUGAUAAAGCAGGGAGAGAACAUGCUAUUCUGGUGCAGCACGUGCUGACUACAAAGUUACAAGUAUAGGCUAGCGAAUUUUGAUUUUAAUUUUGAAAUAUAAUGGGGCCUAUUUGUAUAAUUAGUAGGCUGACGCAUUUAUACCUUUCAGAAUAUUUCCUCUAGUGUUAUUAGCCUGCCUACCUCUUUCUCUCUCUCUAGUGUUGCUUCAUUCCUUCCUCGCUUUCAACAGUUAAAUUAAAUACGUGUUGUUGUCCUUAUAGUCAUCAUUUUAAUGACAUGCUUGAAUAAUAUAGGACUAGAAUUAGAUGCAGAAGGCUUUCACUUCUCUUCAUGAAGAUUGAAUGGCUAUGGGUCUGAAUAAAUAAAUAACUGAAUAGCCUACCGCCAUCAAGCGUUCGCACUUCUUUCAAACCACCCAUGAAUUCUAUUGGCUGCUGUAUUUAACAUUCGAAUAGUCUUGGUUAAUGUCCAGCAAGCUGUACUAGUCUAGCUUUUCCUGCAUGGGACUCCAAGAGCUAAGGAGCGUUUUAUAAGGAGAGGCCAGCAGAGCACAGGUGCGUGCAUAUUGCGCAAGAGACCCAUCAUUCAUUAGCUAAAUAUAAGGCUAAUACUGCAUUUAAUGUAUUACCUGAACGAGGAAGGCUAGGCCUGCUAGAUAUCAAUCUUGAACAGGAUUAUCUAUUUUGGAUGUAAUUUGAAUGGAAGUGAUGGAGAGAGAGAGACUGCGUGAGAGUUCUUGCGCGUGCACUGAUUUAAACCAACGAUAUUCAAGUGAUAGGCUAUUUUAAAACUCUGCAGCUGCAAUUUAAAAAAUGUAUUUACUGUUUUAAAAAAUGUGACCCCCAAAAACAAGAUGGAGAUGGGUAAGUUAGACGCACAUUCGGUCCUUAUAUUACUGUAGCAUAGGCUAUGCUGCAGCAAAUGUAGACCUACCUGUCACAAGAAGAAAAGUUACCAUGUUGGUGAUAGGUCUACAUGUAUUGUGAACUGCGCUCCAUACUGAGAUGGGCUGUCUGUCCCCACCCUGAGCAUUGAUGAUUCAUCAUGCAGAGAGAAGGCCGCAGAGAAGCCAGAUUUAGACAUCACGUAUAAUUUAACAGUUCUAUUUCAGGUCAUGCUGUUCAUAUAAAUAAUUUAUUAUAAUUUACCGGUUUCUCGCAGUUAUGUCUUCCGGGAAAGGAGAGUGGUUUUGGGUGAUAAAUCUCGGUAACCGGGUUCCUGCCAUUCAUCCCUAAUUCAGACCACUAUCACUGUACAGUAUGUCUGCUAUGUGCCUGUUGCCACACACACACAUCGCAACCUGUGUUCAUGUAAAGCAACACAUGCUCAUGCUAGGGCCCAUGACUCAUCAGACAUGCCUGGUCAGGUUUUUCCCUACCCCAGGCCAUGGUAUUUUCUACUGUUCAGCCAAGUGCAUAUUUGUGUUUAGUGUAUGCUUGUCACUGAGUACAUCAUGACUGUUAUGGUUUCUUUAUGUUUACUGUGUGUGUGUACGCCUGUCCGUGAACUGCAUUUAACCAUGGCAAGGUGACUGGGAAUAUGGCAGAAUACAAACAGUGUAGCUAUUCACUCCGCAAGGCAAUCAAACAGGCAAAGCGUCAGUAUAGAGACAAUGUGGAGUCUCAAUUCAACGGCUCAGACACGAGACGUAUGUGGCAGGGUCUACAGACAAUCACGGACUACAAAAGGAAAACGGGCCACGUCGCCGACACCGACGUCUUGCUUCCGGACAAGCUAAACACCUUCUUCGCCCGCUUUGAGGAUAACACAGUGCCAGCGACGUGGCCCACUACCAAUGACUGUGGGCUCUCCUUCUCCGAGGCCAACAUGAGUAAGACAUUUAAGUGUGUUAACCCUCGCAAGACUGCCGGCCCAGAUGGCAUCCCUAGCUGCGUCCUCAGAGCAUGCGCAGACCAGCUGGCUGGUGUGUUUACAGACAUAUUCAGUCUCUCCCUAUCCCAGUUUGCUGUCCCCACAUGCUUCAAGAUGGCCACCAUUGUUUCUGUACCCAAGAAAGCAAAGGUAACUGAACUAAAUGACUAUCGCCCUGUAGCACUCACCUCUGUCAUCAUGAAGUGCUUUGAGAGACUAGUCAAGGAUCAUAUCGCCUCUACCUUACCUGUCACCCUAGACCCACUUCAAUUUGCUUACCGCCCCAAUAGAUCCACAGACGAUGCAAUUGCCAUCACACUGCACACUGCCCUAUCCCAUCUGGACAAGAGGAAUACCUAUGUAAGAAUGCUGUUCAUUGACUAUAGCUCCGCAUUCAACACCAUAGUACCCUCCAAGCUCAUCAAGGGUGCGUGCUCAGCCCACUCCUGUACUCCCUGUUCACCCAUGACUGCGUGGCCAAGCACGCCUCCAACUCAAUCAUCAAGUUUGCAGACGACACAACAGUAGUAGGCUUGAUUACCAACAAGACGAGACAGCCUACAUGGAGGUGAGGGCUCUGGGAGUGUGGUGCCAGGAAAAUAACCUCUCACUCAACAUCAACAAAACAAAGGAGAUGAUCGUGGACUUCAGGAAACAGCAGAGGGUGCACCCCCCUAUCCACAUCGACUGGACCGCAGUGGAGAAGGUGGAAAGCUUCAAGUUCCUUGGCGUACACAUCACUGACAAACUGAAAUGGUCCACCCACACAGACAGUGGUGAAGAAGGCGCAACAGAGCCUCUUCAACCUCAGGAGGCUGAAGAAAUUUGGCUUAGCACCUAAAACCCUCACAAACUUUUACAGUUGCACAAUUGAGAGUAUCCUGUUGGGCUGUAUCACCGCCUGGUACGGCAACUGCACCGCCCGCAAAUGCAGGGCUCUCCAGAGGUUGGUGCGUUUUGCCCAACGCAUUACAGGGGGCAAACUACCUGCCCUCCAGGACACCUACAGCACAGGAAUGCCAAAAAAGAUCAUCAAGGACAUCAACCAUCCGAGUCACUGCCUGUUCACCCCGCUAUCAUCCAGAAGGCGAGGUCAGUACAGGUGCAUCAAAGCUGGGACCGAGAGAUUGAAAAACAGCUUCUAUCUCAAGGCCAUCAGACUGUUAAACAGCCAUCAUUAGCACUUUAGAGGCUGCUGCCUAUAGACAGACUAGAAAUCACUGGCCACUUUAAGAAAUGGAACACUAGUCACUUUAAUAAUGUUUACAUAUCUUGCAUUACUCAUCUCAAAUGUGUAUAUACUGUAUUCUAUACUAUUCUACUGUAUCUUAGUCAAUGCCGCUCUGUCAUUGCUCGUCAUAUAUGUAUAUUUUCUUAAUUCCAUUCCUUACUUAGAUUUGUGUGUGUUGGGUAUAUGUUGUGAAAUUGUUAGAUAUUACUUGUUAGAUAUUACUGCACUGUCGGAGCUAGAAGCUCAAGCUUUUCGCUACACCCGCAAUAACAUCUGCUAAACACGUGACCAAUACAAUUUGAUUUGAUUUGACUUGGUCAGUUUGCCAGUAGCAGAGGGUAAUGCCCCUCCCUGUAGGAGUGUCAUACCCCUCUCACCUACAGACACAAGACAGGAGGGGGGUGGGGGAGGAGAGGCCAGGGUAAGUUCAAGCAGGGUAGUGUGAGGGGUGUGGGUUUGUUUUUGGUUUCACCUGGGCAUCAAACAAAACGAGUAGAAGAAGAGUGAGGUGAGAUGAGUUGGAAAAGAAAGGGAAAACAGUAAAGAGAGCGAUUGAGAGGAGGGGAAGAUUAUAGAGGGAUCACACGACCUGUAAGGACUGAAGUGGAGUGUGUUGGGUGCAUGGAGUAGCUGGUUCACUACACAACAUACUGUAUGUGACCUACAAUACAGGCUAAAGGACCCUACUUAACUGUUCUCACAUACAAAAUGUACGCAGACAUUUUUUUCUCAAUGAUUUUUAAAGCAGGGGUGUCAAACAUGCGGGCUGGAUCCGGGGGGAAACAAACUUAAAAAUACUAAAACCAAAUUGAAACUGGGUAGAAAUGAUAAUGGACCUAUAUUCCUACAAUUUCUUGAACCCUGUAACCACGUGGAAUUAAUGGGUCAAAAUUAGACGUUCAUCCACAUUACGUCAAAUCCUGACUUGAAACAGAUCAGGUUGGUUUCUUGACUGUCCAGCUCGCUAAUAGUCACUAGACAGUCAGGGUGCAUCGACAGUUCCAAAAACGAUGGAUAGAGGACAAUGUUUUGCACGUUUUGACAGCAAGGAUAUAUACCAAUUUUCAGUGUGGCCCUCCGGACCUCAAUGACAACUGAAUGCGGCCCCCGGGGCAAAAUGAGUUCAACACCCCUGAUUUUAAAGCCUGUAUUAGAUUGACGGUGCUGAGUGACCUGUAAAAUGCUCUCCCGCUGAUGAGGCUCUAGUGACACUGAAGAAUGUCUGGCCUGGAGUCAGAGAAAGAAAGGAAGAGAAGGUAGAGAAAGGAGGGAAGAGUUGGAAAAAAGGGGAGCCUCGCUUCUCUACACAAGCCCCAACAGACACUCCCUGACUGGGUGUGGUGCCUAGGUCUCGUACCAGGACCAGAUGCUCCUACACACACACACACACAGAACAACCGUCAGCUUAGGAAUGCAUCUAACAUGUUGAUUCAACACUCACUGACUUUACAGACAUAAUUUCUGGGUUCACCUCUAAAGAUAAAAAGUAGCUACUAGACUGUCAUGGGCAUUUAUUCAGCAUCUAUAUCUGUCUGUAGUCUGCUCAUCUGAUUGGUUGUUUCUCUCUGUAUCUCUGCCCCAGCUCUGUUCUCAGAGAAGGUGAGGAACAUGUCGCCUGACAAGAUCCGGAUCCCCCCUGAACCACCAGGACGCUGCUCCAGUCACCUACAGGUACACAGACACAUACCUGGGCUUUGUCUUCCACUCACACCCCUACUUCCAUAGUUAUGUACUGUAUCUCUACUUACCUGUCUCUCAAUUCACCUGAACUUACCUGUGCUAUAUGACUACCACUCUUGCACGUCUGACAUACCUGUGAAAUUCCUCUGUCUAAACUGGUCUGGUCACCUGGUCUAAACAACCAUCACUUUCACAUUUGUCACACUGGCCUACAGUACCACCAUAGUCAGCAGUGACACGGUAAGCUCUCUGUCAACAAGUAGCAGACUACUGGAGGGAGGACAGUAAGGGUGUAACGGUUCACCAAACCCAUGGUUCGGUAGGUAUUGCGGUUUUUCGGGUCACGUUUCGGUACAGCGGGAAAAAUGUAAUGCAAACAGUUACUGUAGUUAAUUUUAGUUUAUUUAAGAAAAUCCAAAGUGUUGGUAUUCCUGAUUCAAUAUAUGAUCAUGAGUCAUAUAAUGCCUGAUGAGAGCACCAUCCGGAAUACCAACACUUUGUAUUUUCUUAAAUGAAAACACGAUUACUCAUCAACAAUAACACCACAAUAAAGUGCAAUAUGCGUGUGAAAUCAAUAUGUAAACGUGGCUUAGACAUUGUAUAGGCCUAUGCUAUAAUGUUUUCUUACAAAGAGAUAAAUUAUGCACACUUGUGUGACUCAUAAAGGGAGCGUGCCUGUGGCACGUACUUCUCAUUUCCCACUCUGGGGUAAUGUGAUGGGCUGUCACUGUCAAGUAGCUCUCUGUAGCCCUGGAGGUCCAUCCAUCUGUAGUAAGCAAAACACAGGGUGCAUUAGCCAAUUCAUUGACAACUUCAGCUUUAGCCUGCUUCUAUAGAGCGGGGAGUACCUGUUUGCUGAAAUGGGUACAGGAGAGUGAAGUUCGUAACGUGGCUCAAGCACUUCCACAGGUUGCUGAAACCUCCUAUUCUUCUCAACCACUGAGAAUGGGCGCAUAUCCACGGCUAUAAACAUACCUAUCGCUCUUGUAAUUUCUUUUUCCUGCUCAGAAUCAGCUGUGAAGGGCUGCUUGAAUGCAGAGGGGAGACUAAAUGUUUUUGUGUGUGUGUUUCCGUUUUGUGGUAGGAAUACUGGGGUGAUGUCGGUGUAAAAACAUGCUUGAGGUGUUGGCCGCUGCAUAGUCCAGUGGUUCCCAACUCCUCGAGUACCCCCAACAGCACACGUUGCUGUAGCCCCAGACACAAAACACCUGAUUCAACUCAUUGAGGGCCUGAUGAUUAGUUGACAAGUUGAAUCAGGUGUUCUUGUCUGGGGCUACAAUAAAAGUGUGUAACUGUUGGGGGUACUCGAGGACUGGAGUUGGGAACCACUGGCAUAGGUUAUUCUCGUUGAGCAGUGGCGACAUACUCUCUCUGUCCAUCGCAGCUGUAAACUACUGGGAAGACAAAAUGUUCCCAAACUGGUUUAUCGACCCCACCACUCGCCAUCGUACAGAACUAGUUCCAGGCUGCGGCUCCCAAAAGGACUGCCACUUAAGAUUAGAAUUUUGAUUACAAAGUGCGCAUAGGCUUUAGUUUUAACAGAAUAGCCACAAAAAAAACACUGCUCAGAUUUAAUUGAGGCAUACAAUGCAGCGUAGGUAUAGUCUAUAGGAGCGUGUCUGAAAUACCAACACUUUGGUUUUACCCCUUUUUUUCCCCAAAAAUGUUGUGAUAUCCAAUUGGUAGUUAGUCUUGUCCCAUCGCUGCAACUCCCGUAUGAACUCGGGACAAGCGAAAGUCAAGAGUAUUGUAUCCUCCGAAACAUGACCCUGCCAAGCCGCACUGCUUCUUGACACACUGCUCGCUUAACCCGGAAGCCAGCCGCACCAAUGUGUCAGAGGAAACACUGUACAACUGCCGACCGAAGUCAGCGUGCAUGCGCCCAGCCGGCCACGAGUCACUAGAGCGCGAUGGGACAAACCCUCCCCUAACCCGGACGACGCUGGGCCAAUUGUGCGCCUCCCGGUCGAGGCCCACGUGUUUUUUAUUUUUUCUAUAUUUUUCUAUGUAUUAAUUUAGCAUCACAGUGCGGACUGAACCGAGGUCCCCGUACUGAAAGGUUCGGUGUGAACAGUUACACCCCUAGCGGACAGGUAAGUGUAUGAUGUACUGAAAUCGGCGAGGGUAUGAGAACGGAUAAGGUGUGUGUCUGAGAUAUUGGUUUCCAGGUUGUAAAUUGCCCCUCCUUCCAAUGUCUGAGCAGAGUUCAAUGCCAGCUGCCAGACAAGCAGUGUUCUGCAGUUGUUGGUAAAUGUUCAAGAACGUUCCAGACUGUUGGAGAGCAGAAUCCUCCAGUGGGAGAAUAACAUCAACAUGUAGGAAGAGAGACAAAACAUCUCAGUGGUCAGCUCUCUGUCAGAGUCCACAUUCCAUCCCUCUAGACACAGUCUCUGGUCUCUCAAUCCUUACUUUGGUCCAAGGUUUUCCUCAGAAAUAAGUUGGCAUUCCCGGUAGAUAUUGCCAUCAUGCACAGAUCUAGGAUCGGCGUAUCCGCCCCAAAUCUUACCCCUAACCAUGAGGGAGAAAUAUGCAACACUUAGAUCAGUAAAUGUAGUUCUUGUUGGGUAGGUGUUGAGGCAGGUGACGGUUUGGAUGACUGACUUGGUGAGUGAACAGCUCAGCACUUUAUAGUGUGCACACACACCUACUUAAUAGCUUAGCGGUUAAGAGCGUUGGACCAGUAACCAAAAGGUUGCUGGUUGAAAUCCCUGAGGUGGAAAAAAAUAUUCAGUUCUGCCCUUGAGCAAGGCAGUUAACCCACAACAACUGCUCGCCGGGAGCCGAUGACGUCGACUAAGGCAGCCCCCCCCCCCCGCACAUCUCUGAUUCAGAGGGGUUGGGUUAAAUGCGGAAGACGCAUUUUGGUGGAAUGAAUUCAGUUGUGCAACUGACUAGGUAUAUUCGUUAUCAGGUGAAUCACUGAUGAUGAAUCACUACCUUGCCUUAGGCUGCAACAAACACCAGCACACACACACAGGAAGGGCUGGGGACAGUUAAGACUCAGGCCAAUGAGUAGCCAGGGUGUGGUCUGUGUUGUUAGUAUGCCUCAUUAUUGUAACGGGCCUCAUUACCAUUGUAUCUCAAAAAAUAAACGUAACGCUACUGUUAUCCUACUAUUUGGCCUAAUUGAACUUACUGUUUUGAGUACUGUAGAUACAGUAGUGCCAUAACAUUCCAAUCCUCCAUCUUGUCCGUUUAAGGCUAAUUUAUAAUUGUGGAUACCCCUGGCUCCAGUUGACAGGCCCAGCUCCCUGCGUCUCCCUGGAGCCUGGUUGCCAAAUAUUGCUCUAAGGUAUCAGAAACUGCAGACACACAAUGGCUCCAUUCAGAGCCCAGUCAGAUAUAUGGGUCAAGGCUGGAGUAAAGACCCUGGCUUCAGCCUUUGCCAAGUUCAGCUGCCUUGUUGCUCAUCGAUUAUCACACUGUAGUGGCUAAGCUAGCUCAUUACGCCUCUACCAAUUGACCAGACAUUUGGUGCGGUUCAUACACUGGUAACUUUGGAGGCCGAAUGUCGCAAGUUCAGUUCCAGUUAUGGACAACUGCACCUGGCUUUACUGAAAUAUCUAGGCUUGUGAGACAUACACAUCACACCAGACGAACAAAGUGCUUGUAGUAAAAACUAUACUAGUGGGGAUUUGACUCUUAUGUUAUAUUGAUCAGAUAUGUUGAUUUUCUGUCAACAGGAGAAGAUCCAGAAGCUGUAUGAAAAGAAUCUACAUGGAGACUUUGACACAAACAACCACAUUCAGAAGAAGAAAGAGUUCAGGAAUCCCAGGUACACACACGCACACUAAUUCAUGGCACACACACAGAGUUAUGAUCACAUCGAUGAUAUGCGGGUUGCUUUUCCAGAUACUUUUCUUGACAUGUCUAUGUGUGUCUUUGCAGUAUCUAUGAGAAACUCAUCCAGUUCUGUGGCAUUGAUGAACUGGGAACCAACUACCCUAAAGACAUGUUUGAUCCUCACGGCUGGUCAGAGGACUCUUACUAUGAGGCACUGGGUAAGGAAGUCAUUGGUGUGUGUGUGUGCGGACAGGCAUAUGUGCUUGUUUGUGGCUACAUGUGCUUGCCAGUCUGAUGCAGUCCUAUCAGCUGAACUGUUUUCUUUCCCUCCCUGCAGCCAAAGCUCAGAAAGUAGAGAUGGAUAAACUGGAGAAAGCCAAGAAGGACAGGACGAAGGUGAGGGACACGGGCGCUUUUAUUGACUUGAAGAGGGGACCUGAGGUAACCUGAAUUCCAAUACACAUGCUUUCAACCCCACCUCACAAAACAAACCCAUGCCUGCUCUCCUCUUAACCCCAUCCCCAACCUCUGUUAAAAACAUAUACACUACAUGGCCAAAAGUAUGUGGACAUCUGCACGUUGAACAUCUCAUUCCAAAAUCAUGGGCAUUAAUAUGCAGUUGGUCCCCCCUUUGCUGCUAUAACAGCCUCCACUCUUUUGGGAAGGCUUUCCACUAGAUGUUGGAACAUUGCUGCGAGGACUUGCUUUCAUUCAGCCACAAGAGCAUUAGUGAGGUCGGGCACUGAUGUUGGGCAAUUAGCCCUGGCUCGCAGUCGGCGUUCCAAUUAAUCCCAAAUGUAUUCGAUAUGGUUGAGGUCAGGGCUCUGUGCAGGCCAGUCAAGUUGUUCUGCACCGAUCUCGACAAACCAUUUCUGUAUGGACAUCGCUUUGUGCACGGGGGUGUUGUCAUGCUGAAACAGGAAAGGGCCUUCCCCAAACUGUUGCAGCAAAGUUGGAAGCACAGUAUCGUCUAGAAUGUCAUUGUAUGCUGUAGUGUUAAGAUUUCCCUUCACUGGAAAUAAGGGGCCUAGCCCGAACCAUUUAAAACAGCCACAGACCAUUAUUCCUCCUCCAUCAAACUCUACAGUUGGCACUAUGCAUUCAGGCAGGUAGUGUUCUCCUGGCGUCCGCCAAAUCCAGAUUUGUCAGUCGGACUGCCAGAUGGUAAAGCGUGAUUUAUCACUCCAGAGAACGCGUUUCCACUGCUCCAGAGUCCAAUGGCGGCGAGCUUUACACCACUCCAGCCGAUGCUUGGCAUUGUACAUGGUGAGCUUAGGCUUAUGUGCAGCUCCUCGGCCUUGGAACCCUAUUUCAUGAAGCUCCCGACGAACAGUUCUUGUGCUGACGUUGCUUCCAGAGGCAGUUUGGAACUCGGUAGUGAGUGUUGCAACCGAGGACCGACUAUUUUAGCACUUCAGCACUCGGCGGUCCCAUUCUGUAAGCUUGUGUGGCCUACCACUUUGCGGCUGAGCCGUUGUUGCUCUUUGACAUUCCCACUUCACAAUAACAGCACUUACAGUUGACCGCGGCAGCUCUAGCAGGACAGAAAUUUGCCAAACUGACUUGUUGGAAAGGUGGCAUCCUAUGACGGUGCCACGUUAAGUCACUGAGCUCAUGGGCCAUUCUACUGCCAUGGUUUGUCUAUGGAGAUUGCAUGGCAGUGUGCUAAAAAAAAUGGUUUACCUGUUAGCAACGGGUGUGGCUGAAAUAGCCGAAACCACUCAUUUGAAGGGGUGUCCACAUUACUUUUGGCUAUGUAGUGUACCUGUUCAGAGAAAAUAGCUUUGCCAACCAUGUUCAUACAUUUACUCCUCUCCUUUACUGUUUUACCAAUCACAGACCGGGCCGUUCUCCUUUAUCAGUCUGUGUGUCAGGGGCAUGUUGCCACCAGCUGCCUCUAGUUUAUUCCCUUCACACACUUCCAGAGAAGUGUCCUGCCAAGAGAUUAAGCCUCAUCACAACACCAUGUCAAUACAACCCAGCCUGGCUCCGCUCAGCCCUCUGCAGUAUGAGUAUGAUAAAGUAUUUUGUCUUCUCUCUCCUCUCCUAGAUUGAGUUUGUGACGGGCACUAAGAAGGGAACAAUCCCCACCAAUGCAGCAGUUCCCACCACCAAUACAGCUACUACCACAGCUACAGGUACACUUGCAUCACACACAACUGUGUUCCAAAUCAACCCCUAGCCCCAACCCCUAGACAGCUAUCACCACCAACAUCACUUCUAUUGUCACUGGCAGAGAGAUGAGCCCCCACACCCCAUAGAAACAUUAUCAUCCCUGACUGAUUUUUUGUUUGUGACCUUCCUGAAAGAGAAAGGUUAAGAUUAUAGAGUAUAUCUGGUUUCCCUUCUCUCCCAUUCACUAUUUCUCUCUCUCUCCUGUCCUCUCUCCCGCCCAGCAGAGGCUCAGAAGAGGAAGAGUAAGUGGGACUCUGCAGUGCCUGUGACCCUGGCCCAGCCCGCACUGCUCACUACCACGGCAACCCUGCCAGGGGUGGUCUCCGUGACAACCACCGCCAGUGGAACCAAGACCACUGUCAUCUCCGCCGUUGGCACCAUCCAGAAGAAAGCCAAGCAGUGAACCGGCAUGAGGAAGUGUGUGUGUUUGAAUGGAUGGAUGUGUGUAAGAGAGAGAAGUGUGUGAGUGUGCAUGGAGCUGUGUGACUGUAUUACUAAAUGCAAAAAGAGGGAGAGUGAGAGAAUGUCUUCAGAUAAUAUGGAUGUCACGUGAACAUUUCUGUAUUCAUCCCUCCUGGCUGUACAAGACCUCUGCAUCUCUACUGCCGUCAGUCUCUGGGAUUGGAUCUACAACAUAUGGUCAAAGGACUCAAUUCUGACUUGAGAUUCAAUAAGAUAAUUUUUCUGUCAUUUCUGCAUUGAUGUCAAUAUAAGGUUCCUUUUUCAUCCAGCUCUCCAGUCAGCACCCUGUAUGCAUUGAUCUGUUUGUUUCUGUCGACAAGAAACAGUGUUUAUGUGUUAGCUAAAGACUAUCCAUUGGGAAAACCACCCUACCUAGAAAGUAGCCUAGUUAUGUCAUAAGUUGCUAGCCUCAUGACUGAAACUUGAGUUAGUUUCUCUAUUCCAUCCUCAUGUACAAUGGUUUCUUACAGUAUCAACCCAUCUGUUAUGGUACAGUAUAUAUUUAUAUUAUUUUUGGGCUCUACAAAAUUAUUACCUUUCUACCCACAGUGUAUAUUUGUGCUAUUUCCUAGGCUCUAUGUUUUGACCAUGUACUGGAUGUGGUGUAGUAAGGCUGAAGGGGAACACAGACUGGACGUUUGCGUCAACGUUUCUUGUCUCAUUUUCAAUGGCCUAUUCAAAGAGCUUAGCGGAAUAUUUUUUACAAAUGUACAUAUCACUGAUGAUAGUAUGGUAAAUAAAACGAACGUCAUACUGCC